AUGUCUAGCGCCCCGGCCCUCAAAGGACCUGCCCCUAAGCCGGGCAGAUAUGUCAAGAUCUCCAUCUUCCUCAGAAAGCUGCCGCACAUAACCGAUGAAUAUUUUCACGCCUACUGGGCCAACAAUCACAUUAUCCCCGCCUUGGCGAAUAAGCUUUUUGUAGAGAAAGUCCGAAGGUACAACCAGCACCACAUAACCCCGGAAUUGCGGGAGCAGAUCCAAGCAACGGGUGUUCCGGCCCUGGACUAUGAUGGAGUUGCGGAGGUUUGGGUUGACAGCCUGGAAGACUGGAAGGCUAUCUCACAGGACAAAGACUUUAUCAAGGCCAUUCUCCCCGACGAGGACCACUUUCUGCUGAAGCCCAAUACCUUUCAGAUAGGUUAUGACAACCUUGUUAUCGGUGAUGAGUGGCAACCGAAGGUCGCGUAG